GGGUUUAUUUUGUUGUUCCGAUGAAAUCACAAGCAUUGAACAACUUGGACCUCAAAUGUGGCCGCCAGGAUUCCGGUGAUGAUCAGCAAGCAGAGGAGGAGGAGAAUGGGGAGGCGAAGAAGCCGUGGAUGCUGCGGUCGCAAAGGCAAACAGGCAUUGAUGGAAACUCGAGUUCGAAAAGGAAGCUCUGUAUUUCGCUGUCGAGGGAAGAAAUCGAGGAGGAUCUCUACGCUUUCACCGCCGCCAAGCCUUCCCGCCGCCCCAAAAAGUGGCCUAACAAUCUCAAGAAACAACUCGAUCGUGUUUUUCCUGGAUUGUCUUUGGUUGGAGUUUCACCCGACUCUUAUGCCUUGAGGAAGAUCCGGUGUUGAUGCUUGAUACGGCGGUUCCUUGGCCGAGGUAUAGUAUUGGUGCAAACAAGGAUGACAGUGAUGGUGAAUUUAUACAGUACAUACUUAAUUUCUAAUCUUCAGUGGCUUAUUUUGGGUUUAAGAGUUGCUUCACUUUUAUUGGUGACUCUUCUGAUGUAAGAUUGAAGCUUUUUUGCUAGACCAUAUUGGCACUCGGCAUUAUUCUCGAACGUUCUCAUCUUAACGUGUU